CCAAGAUGGCCGACAGCAUACCUUUAAAUCCCGUACGGAAGAAUUCAAGAAAACCAGCGUAUUAUAAUGCUGGCAGACCUGCCAGGUGCGUAGAGGGCUGGAUUAUACUUUUCAAACUCUCCUUUUAACUCAAGGUACCAGCUUGAAGACGAAUACUCAAGCCUUGAUGAGAUGCCCUUGAUGAUGUCAGAGGAAGCAUUCGAAAACGACGAAAGCGACUAUCAGACGCUACCCAGAGCCAGAAUCAGUCAAAGACGAAGAGGACUGGCCUGGUUCCUUUGUGGUGGAUGGAAGGUCCUGUGCAGCAGCUGUUGUGAAUGUCUGGUUCACACAUGUCGCAGGAAGAAGGAGCUAAAGCCUCGGACAGUCUGGUUGGGACAUCCCGAGAAAUGUGAAGAGAGGUACCCUAAAAAUGCCAUCAAGAACCAGAAGUACAACAUUGUCACUUUUGUGCCAGGGGUACUUUACCAGCAAUUUAAGUUCUUCCUCAACUUGUAUUUUCUGGUGGUGGCUUGUUCUCAGUUUGUUCCAUCGCUGAAGAUCGGAUAUUUGUACACCUACUGGGCCCCGCUGGGCUUUGUGUUGGCCGUCACUAUGGUGAGAGAAGCGGUUGAUGAAGUUCGGCGAUGCAGGCGAGAUAAAGAGAUGAACUCUCAGCUGUACAGUAAACUCACAAUGAGAGGGAAGAUCAACGUAAAGAGCUCAGACAUACAGGUCGGAGAUUUAAUCAUUGUGGAAAAGAAUCAGAGGAUUCCUGCUGAUAUGAUUUUCCUGAGGACCUCUGAGAAGACGGGUUCGUGUUUUAUUAGAACAGAUCAGCUGGAUGGAGAGACAGACUGGAAGCUGAAAAUUGCAGUUGCUUGCACUCAAAGACUUUCUGCUUUAGGGGAUCUCUUUUCCAUCAGUGCCUACGUUUACGCCCAGAAGCCCCAACUGGACAUUCACAGUUUCGAGGGGAACUUCACAAGGGAGGACUGCGACCCUCCCAUCCACGAAAGCUUGAGCAUCGAGAACACGCUGUGGGCCAGCACCGUCGUGGCAUCCGGUACGGUCAUAGGUGUAGUGAUAUAUACCGGGAAAGAGACCAGAAGUGUGCUCAACACUUCACAGUCCAAAAACAAGGUGGGGCUGCUGGACCUGGAGUUAAACAGACUGACAAAAGCUCUCUUUCUGGCCCAGGUGGUUCUGGCUAUUGUUAUGGUCGCUCUGCAGGGCUUUCUUGGGCCUUGGUUUCGUAACCUGUUUCGUUUCGUGGUUCUGUUCUCGUACAUCAUCCCCAUCAGUCUGAGAGUGAACCUGGACAUGGGGAAGUCGGCAUAUGGAUGGAUGAUAAUGAAGGAUGAGAAUAUUCCAGGUACCGUGGUCCGAACAAGCACCAUACCAGAGGAGCUUGGGCGGCUGGUGUAUCUGCUCACAGAUAAAACAGGCACUUUAACACAGAAUGAAAUGUUCUUCAGACGCCUCCAUCUUGGUACUGUCUCAUAUGGAACCGACACCAUGGAUGAGAUUCAAAGUCACAUUAUACAGUCCUACGCUCAGGUGUGCACGGCACAAUCUAACGACAGUAGCGCAAGCUCAACACCCUCCCGUAAACCUCAGCCUCCCGCCCCGAAGGUCCGAAAGAGCGUUAGCAGUCGGAUACACGAAGCCGUGAAAGCCAUCGCCCUCUGCCAUAAUGUCACGCCGGUGUACGAGUCCCGCGCAAGCAACGGUGCCAGCACCGAGCCGGAGAGCACGGAGGCCGACCAGGACUUCAGCGACGACAACCGCACCUAUCAAGCCUCUAGUCCUGAUGAGGUGGCUCUGGUGCGCUGGACAGAAAGCAUUGGCUUGACUCUAGUCAACAGAGACCUGACAUCCCUCCAGCUGAAGACCCCAGCUGGACAAAUCCUGACGUACUUCAUCCUCCAGAUCUUCCCAUUUACCUCUGAAAGCAAGCGCAUGGGUAUCAUCGUCAGGGAGGAGGCUACUGGUGACAUCACGUUUUACAUGAAAGGAGCCGAUGUUGCCAUGGCGAGCAUUGUACAGUACAAUGAUUGGCUGGAGGAGGAGUGUGGAAACAUGGCCAGAGAGGGACUGCGGACACUGGUGGUGGCCAAAAAAUCACUCAGUGAAGAGCAGUACCAAGACUUUGAGAAUCGAUAUAACCAGGCCAAGUUGAGCAUCCAUGAUCGUGCUCUGAAGGUGGCAGCAGUGGUGGAGAGUCUGGAGAGAGAGAUGGAGCUUCUGUGUCUCACUGGGGUUGAGGAUCAACUGCAGGCUGAUGUCAGACCGACGCUGGAGCUCCUUCGCAACGCUGGGAUCAAGAUUUGGAUGUUAACAGGAGACAAGCUUGAAACUGCAACUUGCAUCGCCAAAAGCUCUCAUUUAGUGUCCAGAAAUCAAGAUAUCCACGUUUUCAGACCGGUGUCCAAUCGUGGUGAGGCUCAUUUGGAGCUGAACGCCUUCAGGAGGAAACAUGACUGUGCCCUGGUCAUCUCUGGAGACUCUCUGGAGGUGUGUCUGCGAUACUACGAACAUGAGUUUGUGGAGCUGGCGUGUCAAUGUCCCGCUGUGGUUUGCUGUCGCUGCUCUCCCACGCAGAAAGCUCAGAUCGUUCGAUUGCUACAACAACACACGGCCAACAGAACGUGUGCCAUAGGUGAUGGAGGAAAUGAUGUCAGCAUGAUCCAGGCAGCAGACUGUGGUAUUGGUAUUGAAGGAAAGGAGGGAAAACAGGCAUCUCUGGCCGCAGAUUUCUCCAUAACCCAGUUCAAGCACAUCGGCAGGCUGCUGAUGGUACACGGCCGCAACAGCUACAAACGCUCGGCCGCGCUCGGCCAGUUUGUCAUGCACCGCGGCAUGAUCAUUUCCACCAUGCAGGCUGUGUUUUCCUCCAUUUUCUACUUUGCAUCUAUUCCCCUGUAUCAAGGCUUCCUUAUGGUGGGUUACGCCACCGUUUACACCAUGUUCCCUGUCUUUUCCCUGGUGUUGGAUCAGGAUGUGAAACCUGAUAUGGCUUUGCUCUAUCCUGAGCUCUAUAAAGACCUCACUAAGGGCCGCUCCCUGUCCUUUAAGACCUUCCUGAUUUGGGUUUUGAUAAGUGUGUAUCAAGGGGGCAUCCUGAUGUAUGGGGCACUGGUGCUGUUUGAUCAGGAGUUUGUUCAUGUGGUUGCCAUCUCCUUCACUGCUCUGAUCCUGACUGAACUGUUGAUGGUGGCGUUGACCAUUCGCACCUGGCACUGGCUUAUGGUUGUGGCUGAGCUCAUCAGUCUCGGCUGUUACCUCGCUUCACUCGCCUUCCUCAAUGAAUACUUUGGCAUAGGUCGUGUGACCUUAGGAGCUUUCCUGGAUCUUUCGUUCAUCACGACACGGGUGUUCUUGUGGAAGGUGUGUGCCAUCACGUUGGUCAGCUGUCUGCCUCUCUACAUCAUUAAAUAUCUGAAGCGGAAGUUCUCGCCUCCCAGUUACUCCAAACUGUCCUCUUGAGCUUUCCAGUAUUUAUACGGUGUCAACAGGCAUGCAAAUCUUUUAUAAGCACACUUGAUGGCUACAUAAGCCACUUUGACACACAGAUCUGAUUCACAGCUUGUUAACGCCGAGCGUGAUGUUAACUUAAGGUAACAUCAGCGUACUCGCUGUACGAGGCUGUUUAUGUAUGCUUAUGCAAUGGCAUGAUGUGAUGCAUAUAUGUACGUAUAACUGGCAUAAGUGAGACGGUUGUAGGGGAAGACAGCAAGUUGGACUGAAUACUUGAAGAGACUAAGGCACAAAAAUGAGAUCAAGAUAAACAAAAUGAAAAAAAACAAAAGGCUGUGGGGACACACACUAAAAUGAGAGUUGACAGAAAUUUCUUUCUUUCUUUCUUGUAUUUCAAUGAAAGUGAAUGAGAACUGGGUUGUCUAUCUCUAUAAUGACAGCUUUGGAAGAGGGUGAGUAAAUGCAGAAUUUUCACUUUGUGGUGAACUCUUCCUUUAAAUUUUUAAAGGAUUAGUCCAUUUUCUUAAAACAAAUCCAGAUAAUUUACUUACCACCAUGUCAUCCAAAAUGUUGAUGUCUUUCUUUGUUCGGUCGACAAGAAAUUGUUUUUUGAGGAAAACAUUCCAGGAUUUUUCUCAUUUUAAUGGACUUUAAUGGACCCCAGCACUUAACAAUUGUCAUUUUUGGCAGGAAAAAUAAAAAAUAUGCACUUUUAAACCAAAUCUUCUUGUCUUCCUCCAGUCGUGUGACGCACCAGCGCGACCUCACGUAAUACUUCAUUACGUCAAGAGGUCACGGAUGACGUAUGCGAAACUACGCUCGUCUUUACAAGUGUGGAGAAAGAGGACCGUUCUGAGGUUGUUGUAUGUGGAAUGAUACUAAUUUAUGUCUUUGUGUCAGUUUAUUGUUUAAAAUGGUCCGCAAAUGUGCGUUUCAUAUAUGUCACACGUGACCUUUCUAUGUCAUUACGCAAUUACGUGAGGUCACGCUGACGCGUCACACACAAGAAAAGUUGUGGUUUAAAAGUGCAUAUUUUUUAUUUUUCCUGCCAAAAAUGACAAUCGUUUCGCCAGGUAAGACCCUCAUGCCUCGUUUGAGAUCCUUUAGAGUCCUUUGAAACUGCAAUUUUAAACUACAUUAAAACUGUUAAAUGUUGGGGUCCAUUAAAGUAAAUUAAAAUGAGAAAAAUCCUGGAAUGUUUUCCUCAAAAAACAUAAUUUCUUCUCGACUGAACAAAAAAAGACAUCAUCAACAUUUUGGAUGACAUGGUGGUGAGUAAAUUAUCUGGAUUUUUUAAAGAAAAUUGACUAAUCCUUUAAGAUUAAAUCAGCAUUAUUUUUUAAAUGUAUGCAUAUAAAUGUUUUUAUUGAUGGGUAAUUAAAUGACAUAAUGUAAUGGAUUGAUAAUUUAAGGAUUAAUUUCUAGUAAACCCUACAUCCUUAGUGUUAUUCAGUACUUUUUAAUUUUGGGCACAUUCUGGGUUAUUUUUUAAUCUGUGGGCGGGGCUAAAAAUAUCCGCGUUAUGAUUGGAGCACUUAACUUGCAUGAAUGUUAGGUAGUGAAGUGAAGUUCAGGCCGCUCUUUUGUGGCUGUGGCUGCUACAGGUCUUUGUAUUACAGUCAGUGUUUGUACAGUGGAAAUGAUCUUGACAUCUAAAUGUACAUGACUAUUAACACGUAGUUUAACCUGACAUAAGUUUGACCAUUUGAAACCGUGAGUUAUUUGAGAUUUUAGAUGUGUAAAUUGAUUGAAGUUUGAUACUAAUCACUGUAAUGUGUUUUGAUUUUCACAAGAACAAAUCACGUAGUAUUUUCUGUGGAUCGCUGUUGUAUAUUCAUGACUUUUAUAAGAUCGAAACAGGUGUUUGUUAAAUAUGUAAAAUAUAUAAAGUUGCUUAGAGCUGCAAUCGAAUAGACAAUUUCCUUUUUUAUAGACAGUGACAUUUCAAUCAGAAUUAUUUUGGCUUUUACAAUUAAAGUACAGAAACAGCAUUGCACUAUUCAGCUCUUAUAACUGUACUGAUGUUUCAAGUUGGCUUAAUAAUGUGUAAAAUCAACUUAUGUUUAUAAAGUUGUAUGCUGAUAUGUGGAUGAGUUUUAUCAUUCACUUUAUAUUCUAUACUGUGUGCGUGCGUGCAUACAGUACUAAAUUUGAAAUAAUGUCAAGCACAUGCAUGCAUGCCAUUUAUUAUUAUAUUAUUAUUAUUUUACUGUGCAUAAUGAUGGAUUUCUGUAUAAAGUUAAGUUGUACUGUACUCAGGCAAAUCAUCCGAUUUUUCAUCUACUGUAUACAAUCUUUAAAAUAACCCUGUGAGAGUUUAACAACAACAAAAGCUUAUUUAAUAUUUGUCUUUGGUUAUUAUUUGUGCACACUUUAUUAUUUGUGUUUUUGUUUCUCUAGCAUUUUUUUUUUUACUACUGUAAGUAAUAUAUCUAAAAAUUUGAUAUUUUUGAAUUGUUACUGAGUUUGACCACUGCUUUUGGUGCAUUUACUCUGAAUGUCAUCAACAUUACAGUUUUAGGAGUAUUUAGCAGUACUUUUUAAUAAUGUUUAUGUCAAAAUAAAGAGCAAUAUGUUUCCAGA